CGCCAAUCAAAGCGGAAGUUACGAUCCUGCUUAAUAUGGUAGCUGAACUUGUGCUCGUACUAGCCUUUAAGCAAGGUAUCCUCCUCUGAAUCCCCGAAAUACAUUAGCCACAGGACAACUUUGUUUGGACGUCGUAAAGGACCAUUAGCCUUAACUGAAUAGAUAUAGCUAACUACAUACCUACAUCCAUUUCCACGUGGAAAAAAAUACGUUAGCUGGGAUUUUCUACAAGGAAUCUGCAGGACAACAUGAGUGGAGAGAAGGAAACAUUGCUGGAAGAAAUCGAACAGAGUUUACACCCUCUAACGGAGGAUAAUUUACGACACCUGUGUGAACGUUGUGGAAUAGAUGGCUCUCAAGUUAAAGGAAAGAAGCAUCGCUCGUUGCGACGUAAAAUCAUGGAGGAAAUGUGGGAAAAUGCAGAUUCAGUCAAAUCGGAGGAGCAGGGAAUAUCUUGGUUACUCCGACUGAAAGAUGACAUCAGAAAGAUACAUGAAAAAUCUCCUGUGGCGCCCAUGAGUUCCAGCCAGUCUGAUGACGAUGCUAUAACCUGCAGUGAGGAAUGGGACAAGGAUUGGUUUCCUAGCAACGGGCUGGAGGCGGAGUCAUCUCCAGAGAGGCAUACCCCAGAGAGUCCCAGCCAGUCUGAUGACGAUGCUAUAACCUGCAGUGAGGAAUGGGACAAGGAUUGGUUUCCUAGCAACGGGCUGGAGGCGGAGUCAUCUCCAGAGAGGCAUACCCCAGAGAGUUCCAGCCAGUCUGAUGAUGACGAAACGGGGGACAACCCUAACGGUCGCUCGCUCAGUGGGAGAGUCUUAUCAUCUGGGAAGGCUCCAGGGUUGAAAGUGAUCCAGCGACCUUAUAGCUGUGAUGUAUGUGAGAAGAGUUUCCCUCAUUUAGGAGAUCUAAAGAGACACCAGAAAAUACACACAGGAGAGAAACCAUAUGGCUGUGAUCAAUGUGGGAAGAGUUUUGCUCGAACUGAUUACCUGGCUGAACACAAGUUAACACACACUGGAGAGAAGCCUCAUAGUUGUGAUCAAUGUGGAAAGGGCUUCACUCGGCCUAACUGCUUGGCUGCACACAAGCUAACGCACACAGGAGAGAAGUCCUACCUCUGCUCAGACUGUGGGAAGAGCUUCUAUACACCAGCAAAGUUGAAAGAGCACGAGCAAUCACACACAGGAGAGAACCCUUACAGGUGUGGUCUGUGUGAGAAGAUCUUUGCUUGUUCAGGUUCCCUGACAAAACACAAGUGUAUUCACACAGGAGAGAAACGUUACAGCUGUGAUCAAUGUGGGAGGAGCUGCAGAGAUGCCACGGCCCUGAAUGAACACAUGCGUACACACACAGGAGAGAAACCUUUUCACUGCCAUGUCUGUGGAAUGAAACUUUCUCCAUGUCAACAAACACCCUGA